AUGUCUAGCACUUCGUCGUUUGUGUUCCUUGUGCUGCUUGCCGCUAUGGCGGCACACUGGCGCCGUGAUCUCUUUGAACUUGUUGGAAGUGUGGUGGUGGUUGCUUGGGUGGUGGUUGUGGGGGCUUGCUGUCGAAGCAGCUCCCGUGCUUGGCUCGCUACCUUGCUACACAAUGUAGCAAAGUUGGCCUUGGAGCCAACAAUUGAGGAUGUCAACGCCGAGGCCAGGGAGGCCGAGGCCAAGGAAAACGUGAGGCUGAGAGCCCAGAUGGUGGAUUUGGAGCAGCAGCUCCGUGGCACGGAGGCACGAGCACGUUAUUCCGAGAUAGCCCGGGAGACCGAAAAGAAGCGCCACGACAAGGAGGUCCGACGACUGGAUGCUCAAUUGGCGUCCGUCUCCCGCGGUAUCAAGGAAUCCCUGCGCGCGAAGGAUCAGGUCCUUGGCGAGUGUCGCCACUGGCGGCGCAAGUUUGAGGAUCUGGAAGACCUACAGCGACAGGCCCAGGAAAACCCUGUUCGUGGGAUCCAGGGACGUGCUCGUUGGGCCCCGGCCAAGAAAUACGGAAUUACGAAGCGGGAACGUGUUCGACCGGCAAGAAAGUUGACUGCCAUUGCGCAGGUGGCGAUCGUCAAUGCGGUGUGUGAGUCCAAGCUGGCUAGUUGUGAGUCCAAACUGGCCAGUUUCGAGAGCGAGGCAAGAGACUAUGUGGCCCGCACAACUGACCAAAUUGGGUCUCUUCACGCCGCCGCCACCUCGCUCAGCGAGGAAAACGCAUACCUCAAGCAGCAGAUCCAGGCAAAGCCCGAUAUCACCCACGAGCUGGCCCAGCAGCGACUGGAUGAAGCGGUGCAGCGCACAAUGGUGUUUGCUGACCAGCAGCAUGAGGAGCGUGUCAACUCGCUGAAGCAGACUUAUCUCAAGGAGCUGAUGGCAGCCAAGGUCGACUACGAGAGGAAAUUAAACGAGGCAAUGGAGGCAAUCAAGGCAAAGGAAAUCGCACUUGCCCAGCAGCGUGAGGUGGCUGAGGGAACGGCACGUGAAGUCAGUUCCCUGAAGCAGAAAAUUGCCACUCAGGAAGCGCAGAUGGGCGAGCUGCGUAAUACCAACGCCAAGAUUGCCGGUGACCUACAGGUCACGAAGGAAGCACGAGACAAGCUUACCACCGAGCUGGAGCAAGAAACAGCACAGGUGGUCAAGUACGUGCAGAAGAAGGAUUGGUACUCACGUACCAACAAGGAACUCAAGGCCAAGUACGAGAACUUACUGGCCGAGAACGAGGGACUUGUGAGGGGUCGCGAGGACCUUGAGUUGGAGAUUGAAGAACUAAAGAACGCACUGGACAUUGCCGCCGAGCAGCAGGGGGCAUGGGAGGAGCAUGCUCACGAGGCGGAUGCCAAGGCCCGGAAGGCAGAUGCCAAGGCCCAGAAGGCAGAUGCGAAGGUGGCAAAGCUGGAGGACGACAACCGGAUGCUGGUGGACCACAACGAGGAGCUGUUCUGCACUUCAAUUGCAGCUGAUCUCCAACACCAGAAGACCCUAGAAAAAGUGGGAAACCUCGAGCAAAAAGUUCAAGACUACCAGACAGCAGAGGCGUCGGACAUCACGUCGGCGGUACCCCCCUCUCCUUCCUUCCUUCCCGUUGGCUUUGUUAAUUCCCUCACCCCCCCUUCAUCUGCCCCAUCCCCAUCUGCUCUCCCUCUCCCUCUCCCCUUUUCGUCCCGACCGAGGUCACUCACUUACGCUUCUCUUAUGAAUUCUUCGCCUUAUCGCUCGUUUGCCGCUCGGCCAUUGUUGCUGAGUCUGGCCAAGCUUCUCCUCGUUGCCGUCUCGCAAAUUCCUUUCGCCGCUGGUGCGCCUACAUUCUCACCUCUUUUUCUAUCGUCCCGCGACACAGAAUCACCAAAGGAACCGAGCGAUCCAAGCUUAUGGCUUUACUUGGGAUUUUCAGCCGCUCUUGUGUUGAGCGGUGGAGCGUUUGCGGGUCUUACGAUUGCCUUGAUGGGACAGGAUGAAGUUUAUCUCCAAGUCAUCAAGACCUCUGGCGAAGGGCAUGAAAGGAAAAACGCUACUAGCGUUCUCAAACUCUUGAACCAUGGAAAACAUUGGGUUCUUGUCACCCUCCUCCUCAGCAAUGUCAUCACGAAUGAAACUCUACCCAUCGUCCUUGACCGAACACUUGGCGGUGGUUGGCCGGCUGUUUUAGGAAGCACGGCUUUGAUUGUCAUCUUCGGCGAGAUUGUUCCGCAGUCCAUCUGCGUCCGUUACGGUCUUCCUAUCGGUGCCUGGAUGGCACCUUGUGUUUUGGUCUUGAUGUACAUCAUGUCUCCAGUCGCAUGGCCUAUCGCAAAAUUGCUAGAUAGACUCCUUGGAGAGGACCAUGGUACCAUUUACAAAAAGGCCGGACUUAAAACUCUCGUUACCCUCCACAAAACCUUGGGCGAAGCCGGAGAACAACUCAACUCCGAUGAAGUGACCAUUAUCAGUGCAGUGCUCGACCUCAAGGAGAAAUCAGUAGGCAGUAUCAUGACACCAAUGAACGAUGUUUUCACUAUGUCUGCCGACACUGUCUUGGACGAACGCACGAUGGAUCACAUUCUUUCCCAAGGGUACUCCCGCAUUCCCAUCCACGCGCCCGACAAUCCUAUGAAUUUUGUUGGUAUGCUCCUUGUCAAAAUGCUCAUUACAUACGAUCCGGAAGAUUGCAAACAUGUUCGCGAUUUUGCUUUGGCUACACUUCCUGAAACACGACCGGAAACCAGCUGUCUGGAUAUCGUGAAUUUCUUCCAAGAAGGCAAGUCCCAUAUGGUUCUUGUCUCUGAAUAUCCUAGUGAGGAUCGUGGCGCUCUUGGAGUCGUCACCCUGGAAGAUGUCAUUGAAGAAUUGAUCGGCGAAGAAAUCAUUGACGAAUCUGAUGUCUUCAUUGAUGUACACAAAGCCAUCCGACGAAUGACACCUGCACCCAAGUCUCGUGUUGCAAAAGGGCGCAUUGUCGAGGAACCUCCUUUGAAUGGGUCUGUUAUCACGGAUGGCGACUUGAUCGAUGUGGAUUCCACAAAACUAUCAUCUUCCCCCAAGCCUUCCGACUUGACUCGACGCCGUAGUUCGGCGGAAGCACCUCUUCCCCGCUUUCAACUCCGCAAAACCAAUACCGAUAUCAACACCGACUCGGCAGGUGAAUGGGUCACACAAGUCGGCACCACUGAUGAGAUUCGGGAGCACCUUAAGCAUCUUGGUCCCUCCAACCUGGCCAGUCGGCCCCGUCAAACCCGUUACCAUUCAGUCAAGAUCAAGCGCAACAGCGCUUCUCCGUCCCGUUCCGCACAAACAGAGUUUGAGUCCGGACAAAGCACCUCUGACUCCCAAAAGCUCAUCCCUUCCUCUACUGGAUAUCAAGGCGGUAUAGGUGCAGGCUUGCUCAACUCCGCUGGACAAGAUGCCAAAGAUGGUGCGCAUGCCCUCAAACUUGGCUACGGUACCAUGAGUUCCAACGAUACUGUGAGCAAAGGAACCGGUGCUCAGCAAUACAAAGACCUUCCCCACGUCUCCAUUCCUGAAGCUGUCCGCGAGGAGCAUGAAGACCAACCGCGUUCUGGGUCGACGCGGAAGGCUAGUAGUGACGAAGGCAGUGUUGAAUCGUCCGAUACUCCAGGCUUCAUUUACCACCAUCGCGGGCCGGCGCGCAGUGGAAGCAUUACAGAACAGGUUGUGGAUGUUAAUGGUAUUCGCAAAGUUGUUCUUCACGCAAAUUGUUCAAGUUCUUCAGAAGGUGAAUCUCAUUCACCUGGCCAUCAUCGCGACCACCGUCAUGCCGAUGGUGCGGUUGUCAAUACUGAUGAUACAAAACCAGAAAACCCCGACAGUGCGCACGCAAAGUCCAAAAGGAAGCGCCGCCGAAAGAAGCACAGCAAAGCUUCAAAAUCUGAUGGUGGCCCCUCAGAGGACCAGCCGUUACUUCAAUGA